AUGUCGUUUACUUCAGUCCAAAAUGGACGCGUCCUGGACUCACACUCGUUAACUCCAAUCCGCAGUGUACCAUCAGUCAAAGAAAAGGAACCACCAGAUCCAAACAUGGCGAAUCCACGCCUCAUUAUCAACCGCGCUCUCAUAUAUGAGCGGCGACUGCCUGGCGAUGCUUAUAUCACCGCGCAUGUCCAACGCCUUCAGCAUGGCUAUUACUCCAGCGACGCCAUCUCAGAUGAGGACGCUGAACAUGUAGAUUUUCUCGCCAUUGCGUUCACUUUUCAUUCGCCGCACACCACGACGCACCGCAUCAAAUCCGCUACUAUUAGUGUAUCAGUUCGUGGAAGCCGUGACCUUUCAAACUCGAAGCUGUACCCUUAUGGGUAUCCACCUGGCAACCCACGCUUCCUUAUGCAUGCGCCGCAUCUGAUUUACGGUAGUGUUUCCCCGGAGACGAUGGAGUGGACAUUCAGUCUGGCUGGUUCCCUCGGAAUCUCGGAAUUGCCCGUCAGCGCAAGCGUCAUUCCCUCGGGGAGCGUCAAUGGUCGGUAUAAGCGCUAUGAGAUGAUGCGUAUCCAAGGCUCCGCCCGUACUUUGAAGAACCCAUCUGGCCGCGAAUUCGAUAUCGAAGCUGGCAGAAUCGUCUGGUCCAUGGAAGAGAACAAUGUCCAGCGAUCCGGUCUGCCGCGCGAGUUUACCUUUGUCAUGUUGAUUCAAAAACCCUCGGCAAACAGCAAGAUUUCCCUAUCGAUUGAUGUCGACCCCGUCAUUGACGCGAUGAUUGGCAGUUACCCAUCCUUGCUGCUGAAACUACCCGAGUACCAACCAUUGCCGCGCCGAGGCGUCAAUUUCCAACAAGAAGUCGGACAGCCAUUUGAGCCCGUGGACCCAGUUCGCGGUUUCAACUUUGCAGAACUCGGGAGCAGGCUCGAUGAGUACGUCGCCAUGCCAGGAAGGAAGUUCAGCCGUCAGAUCCAAAUCCCAGCUGAGACCGGCGUCCCUGAGGAUCACUUUCAGGGCACCUUCCCAGGCCAGUACGGGUCUCUCAACCCAAUACCGUAUCAACAACAACUGGAGACCCACAACCUAGCCCUGCACAACCUCCUGCAGACCACCCUACAAAACCUCUGGACCACCCAGCCGAGGAGGGAAGAAACCCAAUCUCGCCCCCAGCAGGUAUCCCCCCGGGCCCAAAACCAAAACCAAGGUCAAGGCCAGGCCGCCAUCACCAUCCCUCAAACAGCCGCCAUCACCAUCCCUCAAACAGCCGCCAUCACCAUCCCUCUCAACAUCCACCUCCGCCUCGACCCCGUCAUCACCACACACCUCACCAACCUGGCGCGGACAAACCCAGGCCACUCCCCCUCCGCCCUCGCACCGCGCCGCACACCAAGCCUACGGCGCAUGCAAGCGCAGAGAUUCCCCAGCACGCGCGUGGCGAGCGGAACAUCAAGCACCUCCACAAACUCCUCGCCAAGUGCAACAGAAUCGAUGAUCCCGCAUACGGGUGCGCGUUCGCAGCGGCGGGGCCGCACUCUUUCGGAGAUCGCGGAGGGGGAUGGUUUUGGUACUGGUCCUGGUGAUGAGGAGGAGUAUCAGGUAUUGCGUCGUCUGCCGAAGACCCCGAUCCACACGCUUGGCACUCCUGGGCGCGUUGCGAGACGGGAGUCGGUUGGUGGUGCUUCGUCUGCGGGUGAACGUGUGCGUGCUGGCGGCGGUGGCCGUCAUCGGAGAGUUAUGAGUAUGGUUAACUCGCCGUUGUCUGGCAGUUAG